AUGGCGAUAGGUCAAAUGAAUACCUUCCUGUUUGCCGGUUUUGAUACUACUGCGGCCACCGUCGCAUGGCUGUUUCCUAUUCUCGAGGAAUCAAUGAGAUACCACACCAAUGUUGGUACCAUGCGUCGUGGUGAGCCAGGCUUCUUCCUUGUUGGCCCUCCUGGUUCUGAUCCUGGCUUCGAUGGAAAGAAACUGCCUACCGAAGGCUUCAUUGUCUGGGAUGGCACCUGGGCAGUUCACCGCGACCCUGAAAUUUGGCAUAGACCAGAUGAGUUUCUCCCAGAACGAUUCAUUAUCACUGAUCGCGAAGAUCCAUUAUUUCCGCCAAUUAAUGGCUGGCGGUCCUUUGUGUCGGGGCCUCGAAAUUGUAUCGGGCAGCAUCUCCUUGUACUUGAGGUCAAGUUGGUAAUGGCGCUAGUGACGAGGUACUUUGAUGUUGAGGUUACAUGGGAGAAAUGGGAUCGGGCAAAAGGAACAACCAACGCCAAGAAAGCACCGACAAUAUGGGGCGAUCGUUGCUAUCAGGUUGGAGCAAAUGCACUUCCGAGGGUCAAGGAUAGUAUGCCGGUGCAUGUCAGGGUUCGCGCCUAG